AUGGAUUCUUAAAACGAUUCCUCUGUAAGCUCUGAGGAUACAAAUGAUGGAAUUAUUGAAAGAGAAGAAAGUAGAUAUUAAAGAAAAGGCUAUGGUUUGAUUUUUGCUAUUCUUUUUACCCUCUUUGGGUUUACUGUGUUCCCCUAAAUAAUAUAAUAUCAAUACUUAUCCUGCCUUCAAGGCCUUUAGCCUCAAUAUAUUUAAAUGAUAAUGUUGAUUUCCACUCAUCUUUUAGGUUUCUCCUUGGGCAACUUAGGGAUGUAUUUUAUUUAUAAAGCCAAGUCCCCCUUUUUUGAAAGAUAUAGAACAAGAUAGAAUCCAUGGCCAUGGGAUGAAAAUCCAGAGCAAUGGAGAAAGAAACGCAGGGAAGUUUGGAAGAGUACUUCUAUAAAUAUGUGUUUGGGAGUGCUGAUGUGCAUCUUAGACACUUUGUUAAAUCCUUUAAUAAGGAAUGACAUAGAUUCUUUUCCAACCAUAUUUGAAAUGAUUUGGUAAAUUGUGUUUUCAAUGCUAAUUGAAGAUACAUGUUUUUAUUGGACUCAUAGAACUUUACAUUCUCCAAAACUCUAUUCAAUUAUUCAUAAAAAACAUCAUGAAUUUUACACUAGUGUGUCUUAUGCUGCCAUCUAUACACAUCCUAUUGAAUACGUAUUUGGUAAUGUUAUCCCAGUUUUUAUUGGAUAAAAGAUAUUGGGUAAUAAAAUGCAUAUAGCCACAUUACAAUUAUGGCUAUUGUUUAGAAUUGGAGAAACUAUAGAUGGUCAUAGUGGCUAUGAAUUCUCUUGGAGUCCAUAUAGAUUGUUGCCUUUUUCAAGCAGUGCUGAAUCACACAAUUACCACCAUUCUCAUAAUGUUGGCAAUUAUGGCAGUUUCUUCGUUUUCUGGGAUACGAUCAUGGGAAGCAAUAAAUCUUACAAUUCAUUCAUAGCUGACAAGUAUGGAAAAAUCAAAAAGUUAAAAUCAAAAAAAAAAGAAUGA